CAGCGGUGUAGCCUGAGACAACACUAACUCCCGUCUCAGUGCCCUUGACUGCAUUAGAGUGGAGACAGAUCAGCUGCUGGUGUGCCACCACUCGGACUGCCAGGACCUGAACAACAAGAGCCCACUUCAUCUGUGUGAGUCAUGUGACUCCCGCUGCCACCUGGAAGACACAGACAACAUGCACUUUGACCGACACCCCCGCUUUGACCUGCAACCCCAAGGUUCCAUCCUGGCCCGGAACGUGUCGACGCGCUCAUGUCCCCCCCCCACCAGCCCCCCCUCUGACCUGGAGGAGGAGGACGAAGGGGCCAACAACCAAGGGAAGUGUAAAACUGGGGGUCUGAAGUUGGUGAAGAAGAAACCACGGCGACGGCACACAGAUGACCCCAGCAAGGAGUGCUUCAGCCUCAAGUUUGAUCUGAACCUGGACAUUGACACAGAGAUCGUCCCCGCUGUGAAAAAGAAGACCCUGAGGGAGGUGGUGGGCCCAGUGUUUGAGCGUAAAGGUAUUGAGUUAUCCCGGGUAGAUCUGUUCCUAGACCAGUCCAACACUCCACUGUCCCUCAACUUUGAGGCCUACCGCUUCGGGGGCCACUAUCUCAAGGUCAAAGCGCGGCCAGGUGAUGAGCUGAAGGUGGAGCAGGGAGUGAAGGACCUGCGCUCACUCAGUCUGCCCAACAUGAAACCCUCCUCUGGGGGUCAGAGCCCCUACAUCCUCACUGUGAGCAGCGAGAGGGUGGAGCACGGCUCUCUGGGACGCAAGGAGAGCAACGUUGACCUACUGGUCAGUGCAGCCUCUACUAAAGGUCAGGCGCGUCGCAGGAAAAACAUGACAGAGUUCCUUGGGGACGCCAGCAUCCCGUCUCCGGACUCCUUGGCCGGGCUGAGCGGCUCUCUGCCAGGCGUAGGACCUGGACCGGACAGCUGGAAGAACCGUGCAGCCAGCCGCUUCUCUGGCUUCUUCAGCUCCAACGCUGUAGCAGGAGCUUUUGGAAAGGAGGUGGACCGCAUGGAGCAGCUCCAGAAUAAGCUGCAGUCGUACACUCUUUUUGGCCUUCCCAAGGUUCCUCCUCAGCUGUCCUUCCACCAGGACUCCUGGGAAGAGGAAGAAGAGGAGACAAGCUUUGCCCUGGAGGAGAGCUGGACGCAGCUACUGGACAACCCUGAGACUUUGACCAGACGCCAGUUCCAUCAGCAAGAGGCUAUCUGGGAGCUUCUGCACACUGAGGCCACCUACAUCAAGAAACUACGAGUCAUCACUGAUUUGUUCCUGUGUGGGCUGUUGAACCUGCAGGAGAGUGGUCUGCUGACAGAGGUGGAGCCAAUGCGUCUCUUCAGUAACAUCCAGGACAUCGUGCGUCUACACACUGCCCUUUGGAGCCAGGUGAUGCUGCCCGCCCUGGAGAUUGCUCGGCAGGCCAGGACCCUUCUCAACCCUGUUGACCUCCACCAUGGCUUCAGGACCUUUGGCUCCCGUUUCAAGCCCUAUAUCCGUUACUGCAUGGAGGAAGAGGCCAGCCUGGAGUACAUGAGAUCACUACACAGGGACAACGAGCUUUUCAGGAUCUAUGUCACGUGGGCUGAGACUCAUAAGCAGUGUAACCGGCUGAAGCUGGCUGACAUGCUGGCCAAGCCCCACCAGAGACUCACCAAGUACCCCCUACUGCUGAAGGCUGUCCUCAAGAAGACUGACGACUCAUCAUCCCGCGACGCCGUCAGCAGCAUGGUGGCGUGUGUGGAGGGCUUCAUCAACAGUGUGGACUCUCAGAUGCGUCAGCGGGAGGAGCGGCAAAAGCUAGCCACCAUCUCUGGACGCAUUGACUCCUACGAAGCAGUGGAGGGGAGCAGCGAGGAGGUGGAGAAGAUCCUGCGUGAGUUUAACUGCUUUGACCUGAUGGCUCCUAUGAGAGGCACAUCACCAGAGGAGACCAGACAGCUCCAUCUAGAGGGGGCACUGCGCAUGAAAGAGGGCAAAGAUAGCAGGAUGGACGUCUACUGCUUCCUCUUCACGGACCUGCUGCUCAUCACCAAGCCAGUGAAGAGGGUUGAGAAGGUCAAGGUGAUCAGACAGCCACUCCUCAUCCACAAUGUUGUCUGCAAGGAACUCAAGGACCCUGGGUCCUUAAUUAUCAUCUACCUCAAUGAGUUCAAGAGUGCCGUGGCAGCCUACACAUUCCAGGCUAACAGCGCCACCCAGGGGCGAAGCUGGGUAGAUGCCAUCUGCAACGUCCAGAACCAGCUCGAGAGACUGCGGACUGAGGAGGUUCUCAGGCAGCAGACCACCUUACAGCACCGGCUACAUGGAGAGGAGGAGGAGGUAGACGAGAGUAGCAACUCCACCGCCAGCUCUCCCGGCACAAGGCACAAAGACGAGCAGGGACCAAGUCAUUCGGACGGCUCCACAGAGACCCUGUCAGUCAUGGACAUAGGAGAAGACUUAGGAGGGCACCCAGACCCCUCCGCCCCACACACAGACACAGGCGGACCUUUAGAGAAAAGCCCAGACUCAUGCAUAGUUACCCCACCUACUGGGCCUGAGCCCCUGCACUGCCACCCUGCUAGCCCCCUGGACCCAGACCGGAACCCUGAGCAAGAGCAGGAGGGGGGUCUGGAGGGAGGGGAGGGUCAGCUGGAACCUCAGUGUCGCUCUCUGUCCAUGGACAGUGCCUACGGUACCCUCUCCCCAGAGUCCCUCCUGAGAGAGCUGGACCUGCAGACACGGCCAGGCCAGAGCGAUGGAGAGGAGACCGAAGAGGAGGGAGAGGUAGAGAGCCACGAGGUGGGUGUGAAGUUGGACAAGAAGGUGGAAAUGGAACUGGUAGAGGAAGGAGGAGAGGAGGACGAUUCAACCUCUGUUUGUUCCCAGCUGUCAGUGGUUCAGUCUCUGAAGCCUCGGCGACGCCCCCCGGUGACGGCACGCCUCCACUGCUUCCAGAGCCUAAACAUCAAGUCCCGCUCAGAGGACAACCUCCUACAGCUUUUCCACGACAAUGUCUCUGUCUCCCAGAUACACACCCGCAGCCCUACAGCCCAGGACCAAUCAGAACGCAGGAGAGAACAGGCGGAAUGCCUGGCCCAUAGUAAGAGCCUAUCAGAACUUGGUCGAGCCCGUGACCUCACAGGGCUGUUUCAGAUUGACCUAGACUCAGAACAGACUGAAGAUGACUUCCUCACCCUGAGCAUGCCCUCUAGUAAGCUAUGUGACACCUUGAGGAGGGCAGAGGCCCGCAAGAGGGCUCUGGGUGCAGCUGAGGCCUGCGAAGGCAGCAGGAGCCUGGCCAACAGUAGUGGCUCGGCGGUGGCGCCAUCUGGAGGACAGGAAGGGAAGUGCAGUAAGUCGUUGACAACCGGUGGCCCAGAGGAGCAGUCAUUGGCCAAAAGCAGAAAGUCCCCGGACCAGCAGCACAAGAAGCUGACCCUAGCCCAGCUCUAUAGGAUACGCACCACCUUAGUGCUCAACUCUACGCUCACCGCAUCGGAGGUGUAACCACUAGCAGACAACCAACCAACUAGUGACACCUGAGCAUGAAGAGGAACCACACUUGGUGGUGUCUGCAUGGAGGGGACUGAAUUCCUUGACACAAAUGCACUCUCUGAUGCCUUUCCCUUUACAUUGCCUGUUGGACAGUGUCUGCUGCAAGGUUUUGCUAUCUGACAAUAAGAAUAUUAUUCGCUGUUGCAUUUGGUUUCAGUUUAUUGCGAGGGGAAAGGCAGAGAGACAUUUAAAUGCUUGCACUUUGAACCGAACGGACAUAGCGUUGAGGGGAGCUGAGGCUGGGACCUUUGGGUGGACUGGACAGUUACUGGUGUGGGGUAACAUUCUACCGACCUACCCAAAAGAAGGAGACUGUAAGAGGGGUCGUCCAGGCAUAGAUCUACCUGCUUCUCUCUGCUAUGGACUGGACUGGAUCAGAGAAGAUGUAGGAAAGGCUUGGGUGGCCCAAAAACUCUUAACUCUUAAGUUAUGAAAAAAAAGUGCACAGUUCCCGAAAUAUACCUGCUCUCUAGAAUGUGGUUGAAAAUACCGACUCUCUAGAAUGUGGUUGAAAAUACCGGCUCUAGAGUGUGGUUGAAAAUACCGGCUCUCUAGAAUGUGGUUGAAAAUACCGGCUCUAGAGUGUGGUUGAAAAUACCGACUCUCUAGAAUGUGGUUGAAAAUACCGGCUCUCUAGAAUGUGGUUGAAAAUACCGGCUCUCUAGAAUGUGGUUGAAAAUACCGGCUCUCUAGAAUGUGGUUGAAAAUACCGGCUCUCUAGAAUGUGGUUGAAAAUACCGGUUCUCUAGAAUGUGGUUGAUGAAUUGCAGCAUUUAGGAUGUCAUGGUAUUUGUACUACUCCUGGUUCGCUUUGACUAAACAAUACAUGUUGCACAAUGGUAUCUUUGUGUUAAAUAGAAGAAUCACAAAGGGAAUUACUUUACAUUCACAGUGCACACUUUGAAUUUGCUGUUUGUGUGUGUUUGUGUGUGUGUGUGUGUGUGUGUGUGUGUGUGUGUGUGUGUGUGUGUGUGUGUGUGUGUGUGUGUGUGUGUGUUUGGGUGUGUUAUGGGUGUGUCUGAAUGAUACAUUGUCCUAAACUCCUGACUGAACCAAAAAUAUUUCCUUCAUGAUUUCCAUCCUCUGAGUAAUGCCAACAUACCCAAAGAUGUAAAGACCUGACUAGCCAGUAGAUUUCAAAGUAAAGGUUAACUUACAAGUGUUCAAAACCAUAACAAACAGAACACAAUGUAUUACUGUAUGUUAUCAACUGCUGUGUGUUUUCAAAUGUACACAGACAACUAUUACAUUUUCAAAGUGGCUGCGUUUAAGACAUGGAGUAUUCUCUGGGCUUUGUAUUUUCUACUGGGCUGCUGCAGCCAUUUUUUCAAUGAUUAGUUGUUGUAUGAUUUAACUAUGAGAUGAUGAUGAUGAUCUGGUUUUCCAUUCUCAGAUGAACCCUUGGUGAUUGGGUGGAAUGGAGUUGUUUUGAGGAAACAUUACUGCACCAAUGUAGAACGAUGUGAGCAUGCACGCACAACCUGCAGCCUACAUUAGAACAAACACAAAUGCAGCAGGUAGAAUGUGGGGAUUGUAAAAGAGCAGUCUACGCUAAAAAGUAUUCCAUGUCAUGAUGAGCUUGGAGCACUUUUUGAGACAUUGUAUAUUUUGUGUUUAUUUAAUGUACAGUAACUUAGAAACUGAAAACAAUGGUUUGGGGUUGCAUAUUAUUUGUGAAUGAGUUGUUUUCUUUGAAUGGUUUUCUGUCCACACUAAUAGGAGAAGUGAUUUGACAGGAGCGUUGACCACCAUAGUAGACUAACAUAGUCUAACUGACAUUCAGCUUGUUCUUAUUGAGGAUUUAAUGAGUUGUCGAAAAACCCUCCUUGUCAAAUGUUUCCCAAACUAAAUAGUUUAACAUUUGUUUACUUCUAGUUUUUGUUUAUUUGUAAUUAUUUAUUAAGCUUGCUAUGUUUAUAUAUAUAUAUAUAUAUAUAUAUAUAUAUAUAUAUAUAUAUAUUUUAUGACUUGUACAUUUUGUCUGUAGUCUUAAUAUUUCGUUUCUUGUUUUUCUUAUCAGGAAUGAUGAAUCUGCUAUGAACCAAAACCAUUUGUUUUCCCUUUCAGGAAUGUCUCUAAAGUGUCUUACCAAAUAAAAAAAUAUUUUCAAAUUUUAUUGGUCAAGUACACAUAUUUUGCAGAUGUUGUUGCAGGUGCAGGCAAAUGCUUAUCUUUCUGGCUCCAACGGUGCAGUAAUACAAAACAAUACACACACAUCCCAAAAAUACAGGAAUUAAGAAAUAUCAGAACGAGCAAUGUCAGA